AUGCCACUCGUACGAAACCCAAUCUUGCCAGGCUUCAACGCCGACCCUUCGGUACUUCGAGUCAAAGAUGACUACUACAUCGCCACAUCAACCUUCGAAUGGUAUCCAGGCGUUCAAAUCCACCACUCCAAAGACCUUGCGAAUUGGGAACUCGUGACACGGCCGCUGAGCAGGAAGAGCCAGCUCGAUAUGCGAGGCAACCCUGACAGCUGUGGAGUGUGGGCACCAUGCCUCAGUCACGACGGCGAGAAGUUCUACCUGGUGUACACCGAUGUAAAGCGCAAGGACGGCUCAUUCAAGGACACUCCAAAUUACAUCGUCACAGCAGACCGUAUCGAGGGUCCCUGGUCAGAACCGUACUAUGUCAAUUCCUCUGGCUUCGAUCCCUCUCUGUUUCAUGACGAUGAUGGCAAGAAGUGGUUCGUCAAUAUGCUGCAAGAUCACCGCCGCCGUCCACGGUCUUUUGCCGGCAUACGAUUGCAAGAGUGGGGUCCCAAAGCCGGUAAACUGGUCGGCCCAAUGAAAACAAUCUUCCAUGGCACCGAGCUGGAUCUCGUCGAGGGCCCUCAUCUGUACAAGAGGAACGGCUACUACUAUCUCCUCACAGCCGAGGGCGGCACAUCGUUCGAGCACGCAUGCACCCUCGCACGUUCCCGCUCCAUCUGGGGCCCAUACGAACUACAUCCGCAGAAGUAUAUCAUCACCUCCAAAGACGCUCCACUCGCAGCGCUCCAAAAAGCAGGCCAUGGCGACAUCGUCGAGACCCCAGAGGGCAAGACCUACAUCGUUCAUUUGACAGGCCGCCCGACGACCCAGUCCCGCCGCUGCGUUCUAGGCCGCGAGACCGCAAUCCAAGAAGCAUACUGGAGCGACGACGACUGGCUGUACGUCAAGGACGGUCCCGUGCCAUCGCUCUACGUCGAUGUGCCAGGGACACGCGACGACAGCGCAUACUUGGCGGAACAAAAAUACACCUUCUCCGCCUCCACAGGCCUGCACAGAGACUUCCAGUGGCUACGCACGCCCGAGCCCGAGCGCAUCUUCAGCAUCAGCGACGGCGCGCUGCACCUCACAGGGCGCGAGGCAAUCGGGUCGUGGGUCGAGCAAGCGCUGGUGGCGCGGCGGCAGACGCACUUCUCCUACGAUGCCGAGACGACGCUGUCCUUCUCGCCCACGGACGAGAGGCAGUUCGCGGGUCUGACGGCGUACUACUGCCGCUUUAAUUUCUUCUACCUCACUGUCACCGCGCACUCGGACGGGCAGCGCGAGCUGCUGAUUCUCUCCUCGGAAGCGUCGUGGCCGGACGGCAAUCUCAAACUUCCGUUCGCCGAGCCCGUCCCGAUUCCGCAGGAGGGCAAGGUGAAGCUGGCGCUGAGCAUUCGGGGGAAGGCACUGCAGUUUUCGUAUGCGUUGGAGGGAGAGGAGUUGAAGAAGAUUGGACCCGUGUAUGAUGCUAGUAUACUCAGUGAUGAGUGUGGUGGACACCAGGCGCAUGGGAGCUUUACGGGAGCAUUUGUGGGGGUUGCGGCGAGUGAUCUGAAUGGUUUGGAGACGAAGGCGACGUUUGAUUACUUCACCUAUAGGCCGGUUGAGCAUGAGUCAGAUCGGUACGACGUCUGA